GUGCUCGAUGUGGUUGGAUGAAUAGACAGAUAAUCCAGGGCUUGAAUCUUCCCCGCCAACAGAAAAACAUAGAAGAAUCUGAUGCUUUCCAGGUUGACAGCACAAAAGCAAAUACAUAGACAACGGCUUUUGUUCCUAUGAAAGGUUCACCACCUUUCACCUGUUCCUUUCUCUUGACAAAAGGAUUGACAUCUUCCCGAAAUCAUGCGGACAGCUCCUCCUAGAGUUCCUUUGCACGCGGAAGAACAGGAAAACGAUGGUGAAUCUUCAGGGCUUAUUGAUGGGAUUUCAACUGUCCAGAACACAACUGGCGAAGCAUCGACUUCUGGAAAAUCAGAGACAAUUUCCUGCCAACUGAGGAAAACUGAGAAUUUCAAGCACCAAAAAACUCUAGGUCUAUUUGCAGCGAACUUCUUUGAUGAGAAAAUUUCUCUGUCAAAAAAGCUCCAGUGGCUCAAUCAAGUUGCUACUGUUAAAACUGAUGGAACCGUACAGCUUGAAGUUCCACUUGACAUUAAGCCUCACAACCUUGAUUUCGAGCCUGAAUUCCCAUCCAUUGGACCAACAAAUGAAGACCCUAGUGCGGCAGACAUUGAAGAUUUACCUCCGCUGCAGAUAGUAAUGCUCAUUGUUGGAACACGAGGAGACAUACAGCCAUUUGUUGCUAUUGGAAAACGUCUUCAGGAACAUGGUCACAGGGUUAGACUAGCAACUCAUUCAAACUUCAGAGAGUUUGUCUUGACUGCUGGAUUAGAAUUUUAUCCUCUGGGUGGCGAUCCAAAAGUUCUUGCUUGGUACAUGGUGAAGAACAAAGGCAUCUUACCUUCAGGACCUUCGGAAAUUCAAAUUCAGAGAAAUGAAUUGAAGAAUAUUAUUCUCUCCUUACUUCCUGCAUGUAUAGAUCCCGAUCCUAAUUCUAACAUGCCAUUUGAAGCAGACGCAAUAAUCGCUAAUCCUCCAGCAUGUGGGCAUAUUCAUGUUGCUGAGGCGCUAAAAAUACCACUUCAUAUAUUUUUCACAAUGCCAUGGACCCCUACUGGUGAAUUUCCCCAUCCUCUAUCACGUGUGAAGCAACCAGCUGGGUAUAGAGUAAGUCUGUCAGGAUUAUUUUGUUUGUAUCAUAGCUGUCUUCUUUAUCAUAUCCUUAAUGCCUUGUUAACAUAUUUACAGCUGUCAUAUCAAAUUAUUGAUGCAUUAAUUUGGAUUGCGAUACGAGACAUGAUUAAUGAGUUUAGAAAGAAAAAGUUGAAGCUUAGACCUGUCACAUAUUUAUGUGGAUCCAAUAGCCCUCCUCCUGAUGUGCCUAUUGGUUAUAUGUGGAGUCCUCAACUUGUCCCUAAACCUAAAGAUUGGGGCCCCAAGAUUGAUGUUGUUGGCUUUUGUUUUCUUGACCUUGCAUCAAGUUAUGAACCACCAGAUUCACUAGUGAAAUGGCUAGAAGAAGGUGAAAAGCCCAUCUAUAUUGGUUUUGGUAGCCUUCAGCCAGUUCAAGAACCACAGAGAAUGACAGACAUCAUAAUCAAAGCUCUUGAGACAACUGGACAAAGGGGCAUCAUUAGUAAAGGAUGGGGUGGUCUUGGAAACUUGGCAGAACCGAAGGAGUACGUGUACCUUCUUGACAACUGUCCCCAUGACUGGCUUUUUGCAAGAUGUAGUGCAGUGGUACAUCACGGAGGUGCAGGUACAACUGCAGCUGGUCUUAGAGCAGCGUGUCCAACAACCAUUAUACCUUUCUUUGGAGACCAGACCUUCUGGGGUGAACAAGUAUAUGCCAGAGGAGUAGGUCCUGCCCCCAUUCCAGUUGAUGAUUUCUCUCUUGAGAAGUUAAUUGCUGCCAUACGAUUUAUGCUGGAUCCUAAGGUGAAAGAGCGUGCAAUGGACCUUGCUACAGCCAUGGAAAAUGAAGAUGGAGUUGGUAGAGCGGUGAAUUCCUUCUAUAAGCAUUUUCCUCGCAGAAACACUGGUUCAGAAUGUGAAUCAUUGCCUGGUACAUCUAGCUUUCUCUCAAUAAGACGAUGCUUUGGCUGCUCAUGAACUCGCAACUCAAUUCAUUGCUCCUGCCUUGUAAUCACCUCCAAUUGUUAGAUUUGUUGCGCAACUUGCAUCUUAAAAUGUGCUUAGGUAAGAACAUACACUUCAUUGAAAUAAUUCGUUGUACAGUAUCAGUUGAUUUCUGGGGUUCACUGUAUUCAUCAACUAUCCAGCUAUCUUUAAUUCUGGCAAAUAUGAGAUUCGUGUGGAAAUAAACCAAGGAAGAUGGAUAAUUGCCAUUCAUUAUCUGCAUCCCAAACUGUUACUGUUGAUAAGUUGAAGCUAUCCUUCCUA